UAUCCCUUUUAUCUAUUAUUUUUGUUGUUGUUGUUUUUUUUUUUACAGGCUCAAAAAUCUUUCAUUAUCAAGAAGAAGUUAGCUAAGGCUAAGAAGCAAAACAGACCAUUGCCACAAUGGAUCAGAUUAAGAACUAACAACACUGUUCGUUACAACGCCAAGAGAAGAAACUGGAGAAGAACCAAGUUGAACAUCUAA